GCACCGGGGAUUCAGGCACACACAGGAGGGACGGUCUCCUCCGCUCGGGCACCGUCAGCCCCCAGCCAUGGCAAUUUAGAGGCGAGAGCGACCCGCUGCUCCCGACCUCGGCCUCGAAGCUCGCCUGGGACCUGACUAAGCGCAGCCCCCAUGCCCGGGUGUCUCGCUCUGCGCCUGCCACGCGAGCUGGAGGAGGAUGCUCCGUGCGCGGGGCCGGGGAGCGGGGGAGCCCCACCUUGCCUGCGCGCCCGUGCGCCCCGCUGAGCGGGGCGAGGCUGGAGUUGGCCAAGGGGGCGCCUUUGCCGCAGCGUCCAUUUCCCGGCGUGUUCGAGCCCGGAUUUGCAGCAGUUGCGCCUCCCCAGCGCGGAGUAGCCGGAUGACGGUGCUAAGAGGAGGCGUAGGAUGGUGAGUGACUUGCUCCGGGCCGGGAGAGAUCCGAGAUCCGCCGUGCCCCGACUGAGAGGGACACUACACCGGAGUCCCUGUGUCCUUCCCCUCCCUGCCCUUCGUCCGCUGAGAUAACUCCUGCUGCUGCAGGGAUGCAGUGGGGAGGAUGGAGCCGGGCUGGGGGUACCUUCCGCCUGGCUUGAUCUAGCGAAUGACUUAAAGGGAGGAGGGGAAACCCACCCCUGGGAAAUUUCCCCUGCUCCCCGUCUGAAAGCCACAUUCACUCCGGAGUUGCGGUUUGGCAUGAAGGACACCCUGUGCCAACCCUGCGAGGCUCGCCUCCUGGAGCCCAGCCGGUCCACGUGAAGCUGGCCGGCGCUGGGAGCCUGAGCUGUGCAGAAUAACUGGGGGGCAGCAUUACAGGGGACCAGGAGUUGCGGCACCGGCUUCCCCAUCCCGGGGACAAUUCUUCUCCGGACGCUGCGGCUGCAGCACCCGAAUUGUUCUCUCCAUCUCUUCUGCACCUGCUGGGCACUAGGAAGCCGUCCUGAGCCGGUGCCUUUCCAUAACCCUCAGCUUUGCUGCUGCGACUUGUCCUGCACGCUCGCUGCUCGGGCUUGAGACAACUCCUCCGGAGGAGGUGGGAUGUGCUCGCACCUACAGCCACCUCCCAUCCCAAGCCACCUUUGCGUCUGUAGCCAGGAGGCUCCCCACACGCCGCCCUUCAUUUGCCAAGCAGCAGCUGAAGUGGCCACCCUGGGAGUUUGAUGGCUUCUUUGAGGCGAGUCAAAGUUCUGUUGGUGUUGAACUUGAUUGCAGUGGCUGGCUUUGUCCUCUUUCUGGCCAAGUGUAGACCCGUCACUGUCAAGAGCGGGGAUUCCUUCCAUGAAAUCCAUCCCAGGGCAGAAGUGGCCAACUUGACAGCCCAUGGCAUCAGCCCUAUCCAGGAUGCAGUACUGAAAAGGCUCUCCCUUCUAGAAGAUAUAGUCUACAGGCAGCUAAAUGGUUUGUCUAAGUCCCUUGGUCUCAUUGAAGGCUACGGUGGGCGUGGUAAAGGUGGGCUUCCUGCUACCCUCUCCCCAGCGGAGGAAGAGAAAGCUAAGGGGCCACACGAGAAAUAUGGCUAUAAUUCCUACCUCAGUGAGAAAAUUUCACUGGAUCGUUCCAUACCUGAUUAUCGUCCAACCAACAGCAACAGGAAGCCCUAUGGUAGGCAGCAGACUCGAUCCACGCCUCGCUAUUGCUAGGAAUGUUGAC